CCAUAAGUCACCAAAGCUCUUUUUUCCUAUCUUUCUAUUUGCGGCUUUACUCGUGUCGGUUCGUGCAUGGACAGAGCAGAAAGUGGAAAAUUAUCAUAAAUCUCAUCCAGAGUUCUGUUUUGAUUCCUGGGUUAUGGUCCGAUCCAGUGCUAUAUAAUCCAAUCGAACUGCGAAACGAAACGGUGUGAAACGGUGUUGAGUGCCAAUCCAUUGCAACGGUUGCCAAUCCUUAAGCUACUCUGCUGUGCGUGUGUAUGUAUGCAUACACGACAAUGUGUGCACAUACAUAUGUCUGCAUGUACAUACGAAAUUGAAAUUAUGCAAAAUGUGCAAUAUACUGCGAAGCCAUGUUAAGGAGCAGUGCUUCAAACGCGAUAUCGAUGGAAAUGUAACUGUUACGUACGAAUUCCCCUGUACUAAUCCUGUGCCUGAACCGUCGAGCGAAACGCAUGCUUAUAGCGCAUCUGGCACUUAACACAGUUUACGAAAGUAAUUUUCUCAGAGACUAACGAUUCCUGCUGAAAAUACGAAAGAUCAUUUUUAAUCGGAUGUUAUUGGAAAUGAUAAAAUGCGACCAUAGCUUUUCUCCUAAAUGGACUCUUAAUAAAUAGGAGAUGCAAGUGGAAAGUAAAAACAUCCCACUGAUAAGUAGUUCCUUCACUCACGCGCCUACAGUAGCUUCAUUAGUCUUAGGAAUAGCUCCAAUAAAAUCAGCAAGAUCAAUUGCUGCCCCAGAAAAUAUCAUACAAGUUCUGCAAACCUUGAAGGCUGCACUGACUGAACAAGCCAUCGUGCAGAGAGCAGGGAACCCCGUUGGCAUUGUGAUGGCAUCGAAGGUGGACGUGAGCUUGGCAGCGGCAGAUGGGGCAGUGCCUACGUUGACGCCAUCCACACCAUACUUAACUAAUUCAGAAAGUGGCAACAACGAACAUGACAAGUAUGUGUCCGGCCUGCCGAGUAAUCGCAAACGCCUGAAACUGUCCUCUCUUGAACUCAACAGCAGCGGGGGCAAUGAUGUGGCCAGUCCACUCGACGACGCCGAUUUGGAUUCGAGUGCAAGAAUGUCAGACAGUAAGUCGGAAGACUAUGCUGAAAUAGAAAAGCAUCUGCCAGGCGUCGAGAGGACACUAUCUGCAGACAGCUCGGAUAGGAAAAGUCCAGAAAAAUUGGUGCAAUUCGAUAACAAUUGCUAUGUGCCGCCAGAGCAGGCACUGGUUACCAGCGUGGAGUUAGUGGUCCCAGCCCCUCAGAACACUUCGGUUAGACACUCCGAAGAGCCAAAGCAUGGCGCCCUUGGAGAAUCCUCGGCGGCUUCGAUAUCGACCAUUGAUAACAAACUGCAGUACAGUACGGGUGGUCUGUAUAACUCUAGUAGUUCCGCAAGCAUAUUAACAAACGAUAAAAUCGACGGUUGUGCAAAUGACUCUUCCAAUUUGAACUUAAGAAUUCCUACUAAGCUAGCAGUAACGACAGCAACGGGUGAUAUUUUGCUGGAUGAUCGAAGGACUUCUUUAUGGACACCUCACCAUGACCAGUCUGGGCAAACGCAGCAGCACACAGAGUCACCGUCGAGUGAGACUAAGCAAGAGCCUGUGAGUGCUGGCUCGGAGCUGUCAUACCAGCAUCAGCAUCAGCAUCGUCACUCGGAACUUCUGCUUCAAAUCGAGAAGGAGAGCUCCGGAACGAAUGCAUUCGCACAAGCGAUUCCAAUUCCAUUGCAGCAUCACCACAAUAAUGCCACCCAGGAGCAAUAUGGCCAAACAGAAGCGACUUCUGUCAUGGAAAGCCAGUUGCACAACAACUUUUAUGCACAAAUGAUGCAGCAGCAGCAUCUACAUCCAAAUCAGCACCAACAGAGCAUGCAUGAACAUAGUCCUCGACAUCAGCAGCAUGCAAGUUAUUCCGGCUACAUCCCCCACUAUCAGAACACUCCGUUGUUUGGUACUCAUCAAAGCGAUCAUCUCCCACGUCAGCACCAGCAGCAGCCCCCGCUCCAACAUCCCAUGGAGUGCCAUGGGCAUUUACAUCAACCAGCACCUGUCUCCCAGCAGCACCAACAUCAUUUGCAGCAUGAGCAACAGCAACUCCACCAGCACCAACAUCAACCGACUCAACAACAACAGCCAAUGCACGAAAGCUACCACGAUCUUAUUAUGGAGGAUUUCCAUGAGGAGCCCAGCACGGCAUUCAAAUUAACGCUCUCUCCAAGCAACGCAAAGCCUGAGAAUCAAGAUGAUGGAUAUGAAACUAGUGCCGGCGACGUUUUAACCCCAAAUUCGCAUAGCUCGUCCGCACACUCGGUUACUCCUCAGCAUCAAAUGCAACAUCCUAGCAUCGUGCUCAUGCCGCAGAAUCAAAAGAAGCCUGAUGAACUUUUAUUGGCGAAAAACCCACACGCAGGGGAAGCUCGCACUGACUCCACUGCAUGCUCAUCCAACAAUAAUCAGGGACAGGUACCAGCCUCCCAGACACAUCUUGAGCUGAGUGGAGGCACACGAUGCUCAAGCCAUGCCUCUGUAGUCGAUCCCUACAGUUUUAUGGGUGAGGAGAUGCGUAUGCAUUCGCCAGCCCAUCGCCAUAUGGAGACUGUUACUACUGGAACGGCGCGCUAUGCGGGGCCAGUGCCAAUGUCGGGGUCGAAUGGCAAUCAAGAGUGCCUAAGCGGAGAAAUAUACCAACACAGCCAUAACAGUACGAGUAUCUUGGAACAAACUGAUGGCUCUCAAUGCGGGUUGCAUUCUAAGCCAACGCCAAAGAAAAGAGGACGCAAAAAAAAACUGGUAACCGACAGUAGUGAUACCACGCAGAUGUCAACAGCAGCGGGUCAACCAGACAUUCCUGUCGGCCCUGCAGCUUGCGAAGAUGGUGCUGCUGAUCUACUUCAAGCUAUGAAACCCAAGGAACGCAAGAAGCAUGACAGAUUCAAUGGGAUGUCUGAGGAGGAAGUAAUUAAACGGACAAUUCCAGAUCAUCUUUGUGAUAAUCUUGAUAUCGUUAUAGUAGGAAUAAAUCCUGGGUUGUUUGCUGCAUAUAAAGGUCACCACUACGCAGGACCAGGCAAUCACUUCUGGAAGUGCCUUUACCUGGCGGGACUUACUCAGGAGCAGAUGAGUGCCGAUGAGGACUACAAACUGUUAAAGCAAGGAAUCGGAUUUACCAACAUGGUGGCGCGAGCCACCAAAGGCUCUGCUGACCUUACAAGGAAGGAAAUAAAGGAGGGCAGCCGAAUUUUGCUCGAAAAGCUCCAAAGAUUCCGGCCAAAAGUAGCCGUCUUUAAUGGCAAACUCAUUUUCGAGGUAUUUUCUGGAAAAAAGGAAUUUCACUUUGGUCGUCAACCUGAUCGCGUUGAUGGGACUGACACAUACAUUUGGGUAAUGCCGUCAUCAUCAGCUCGAUGCGCGCAGUUGCCACGCGCUGCCGACAAAGUUCCGUUUUAUGCGGCCCUAAAGAAGUUUAGGGACUUUUUAAACGGUCAAAUACCGCACAUCGAUGAGUCGGAAUGCGUGUUUACGGAUCAGCGGAUACGCCAGUGUAGCGAGCAGCAACAGGCGGAGACCUGCGGUAAAAUGAAGACUUCACUUGGCGAUCAUCAAGCGGGUCUGGCUUUUGUAAGCAACUGCAGUGGCUCGAGCGCAGGGGCUGCGGAAUGUGGCAAUGUCGCCGAGGAGGCAGACCAGGCCCAAUCCGACAAAUUGAUGCCCCAUAUGACUGCCAGUGUACCAUCUUCUAAUAGUGCGACGGAUCACGGAUCGUUUUCCUAUACGGGAGACGAUAGACCCAUGCUACCAGCACCAAACCACAACCCUCCUCCCAACGAAAACACUUAUCUAUCAGUGUUCGGUCCGCAGCAAUCCUUGCCCCAGCAACCCCUAGAGAAGAAAAAACGGGGCCGUCCAAAGAAGAUAAAAGGCCAAGAGGGCAUUGACCAUUCAGUGGGCGGAAAAAUCGCCAUGGGCGGAGCACAUAUGCCCCAUCACGAUUUUAACAACAUUCUUAACCUCUCGGUUAUCUCUGGCGGCAGCAUCGAAACUCCGAAAAAGAAGAGGGGCAGGCCAAAAAAGCUAAAGCCCGCCAUUGACAAUAUAAUGUCAGUCAAACAGCUUCAGCACGGAAGUACUAAUCCAAACUCGGCAGCAGGAUUGUCAGUGAGCUCAAUGCAUCCCCACUCAAUGGAGCAUAUAGCCGCGUCCCCGCAGAGUAGUCAUCAAAUGCCGCCCAGUUUGUACAACACGCCGCCACCGUCGCACCUUUUGUACACGGCAUCGGCUUCACCAAUGGCAUCCCCCGCCCUCAAUUGCAAUUACACCCAAGUGCACGGCCAUGGAACUCCACCGGUGGGGCAGGCGAAUGCCGUUGCUCAGGGCACGUCGCCCAGCAUCGACUCGCAGAACGAGCACCCGUCCCCCCAGAAGCAGAAUCAGCAUGGGAAUAUGGAGCCUGGACUGGAUAUGCGGGAUCAACCUCACCUAGGGGAAACGCCUCCUCCGAGUUCGCCGAACAUGUGUCCAACUGUCGACUUCGACCCUCCGGACGAGCACUCCGACUCGCAGGUGGGCCCGGGGGAGCAAAAUAAAACAGCUGAGCUGGGCCAACAGCAGCCGCAAUCGGUGGAAAAGGACCAAUACAACAGUCCCGCACACGAGGCUGAGGGAAACGCAGCUCAUCCUCAUGAUCACUACCAGCAAUGGCUUUCGCCGCAUACCCACCAAAGCCAUCAGCCAGCGCAGAAACUAACUCAUCAGCACCUUCAUCACCCCAUGCAGCACUUCCACCAAGAGCAGUCAGACAACUGGCAGCGCUACGAAGAGCAGAGUUCGAAUCCCUAUAUGUUGAUUUCCGCUCACCACCAGCAUCUGAGUCCUCGGCUGGGAAACCAAGGCAACCAGAACUCCCCUCAGCCAGGGCACAUCGGCUCGGACGUGGCUCGUAAGAGUUUGUGCGGCCUCGAAUCGUUGGUUGAUCAAAUUCCAGCAAUAAGGGAACACGAGUUCAGCAACAUACCAUCGGCGACAGCAGCGGCAGCGGCGGCUGCAGUUGAAAGUCGUCUUUUGGGACUGCAGCACCAGCAUCAACAGCAGCAACAGCAGCAACAGCCACACCAACAGCAGCAACAACAGCAGCAACAACAGCAGCACCAACAACAACAACAACAACAGCAGCAACAACAGCAGCAACAACAUCACCAGCAGCUACCGAAACGUUGCAAUCAAGAGAUUCCUGUGCAGGCGGAAUCAUGUAGAUCCUCAAGAGAGAAUAGCAAUGUGAGCAACAACAAUUUCUCAGUAAGCAGUCUGGCUGCUUCCGCAUCGACUGCAAGAUCUGACAACGAAGCUAUAUAUGGCAACAGUGGAGAGACGCGAGGCAACAGUGAAAGCGGAAGUACCAACAACAACAACUGUGGCAACAGCAUGGAAUAUCCUAUUCACAGUCCAUCCGGUUAUCACCACCAUGCCCCUCACCUAAUUGGUAGCGCUAUAGGGGCGAAUAUUAACAGUUCGGAACCUAGCCCACAUCCGCUUUCCCAUCCUCAUCCACCUCCCCACUCACAUCCGCAUCCAAUAUAUAUGGACCAAGCGCACCACAUGGCCCACAUGCCUUCAGUAAAUGUGAAUUCAAUGUACAGCGCAUCUGCAUAUGGAUCGCAUCCACAACAUAACAGUGGAGAGUAUCCGGCAACACACAGUCACUAUAGUCUGGGCAGUAAUGUUCAGUCUACUGGGCCAACCAGCACAGCAACCUUACACGUGCCGAGUCCGAAUUAUCCCUUUGGACACCACCCAUAUAGUCACACACCGCCGCAAGCAAAUUACCCAAGCUAUACUCAUCCACACACUCAUCAUCAUUCGCACCAUAGUCAUCCCUCACAUCAUCUGAGCGUAUUUGAUCACCUGAAACCGUCCGACAUAAGUGGGUACGGCGGUUUUUGAUUAAGGGAAGAGCAUGAGGAUCCACAGCAACCGUUACAGAAAUUAGAACGAUCCGAAUACAGCGACUUGGUGUGAAUGUAAAUCUUUUACGAUUUUGCGUCCCGCCGCAUCUCAGCAAUAUUUAUCAAUCUCCGGCUUUGCCGAUUCUACAUUAAGAAACUUUUAGAUCUUAUAUAUACAAUAAGAUAACCAAAGACUCCGCCUAAUAUAAUUAUUUAAGCGUUACUUUCCUAAAUUACAAAAUACUACAUAUGAUAAUGUUUACUUAAAUUAUAUACGUAACUUACAAGAAAGAUCGAUCCCGUAACGAUUGUUUGUACUUAAUAUGAAUUAAUUUAAGCAUACUUGAUUUUAUUUACACAUAAAUAUUGCAUAACUUACUGGUAAAUAAUAAAGUUGCAAAACAAUAUUCAAAACAGCCUACAAAGCACUAUACUUUACAGUUGUCAACCCGUCACAUUUAGUUCCCCAUUGUCUAAUGGCUGUUUCGCGCCUAAAUAUAAAAUGUAUUAUAUUUUUUCUGAAAAUCGUUUUGAUUAGUGCUGAUUCAAAAUAUAUUGCUAAUUUAUGAAUAUAAAGAAAUAUUGAAGAAUACGUAACUAUAUUGGCAAUAAUUCUCAUUGAAAUAGUAUCAAAUAUAAGUAAUUUCAUGGAAUAUUUAAACAUGUUUUGUAAACCAUUAUCAUAUGUCUUUGUCGCAAGAACUUAUAAUUUAAUCAUCAAAUUUCAUGCUUUAGUAUUCCCAAAUCGUCUGAUUUCAUCUGAAAUGAAAAGAAAAUGAAAAAGAAAAAUAUUAACAAAUGCGAUUAAGUUAUUUAUAACAUUGCCUUGAAGGACGAAAUUUUCAUGUCUUAUACUCUCUUCCAAAUUGGUUUUUGUUCCACUGCUCAUUUUUCUUUCGU